UCACCAUUUGUAGGAUUUUGAUUGCGUUCUAUGUGAUGAGCAGAGACUUCAGAUGAAGUUCCUCACCGGAGAUGAUACUGGCCUCAUUAAAUGGGUGCACGUCGAAAACCAGAAGGUGGAGCGCUUCGGGGCGCGGCGCAAGGGAGAGGCUGUGCAACGCCUUUGUUGGGCCGGGCCCCCUGAUGCCCCAGAGGCAGCGCUGGGCAUUGCCUAUGCUUCGGGGGCACUGGAGCUGAGAGAUCUCGCAGGGCGCAGCCUCAGCAGUGCAUCCACUUCCCCAGAGGUGAAGUGCCUUCAGGCAUGCAGCGCUGGGCUGCUGGCUGUAUCCAGUGAUGGCACUGCCAGCGUUGUGUCGGAGUGGGGCCAGGCGGAUGCGUUCUCUGAGUCGGCCUUCCAAGGAGGUGCCGCGGCCACCGUGGAACAGUUCCAGUUGCAGGGGCCUGUGGCGACAGCUGCUGUGGAUCCUUGCAGGCCCUCCAGGUUUGCGUUUGGCGGCCUGGAGAACGAUGUCAAGAUCUACGACCUCGAGCGGAAAGAGGUGGUUUGGACGGCGAAGAACGUCCGAGAGAACACGUUGUGCCUCCGUGUUCCGGUCAAGGUGAACACAGUCGGCUGGGCAACAAAGAUGUGCCCAUCAAGAUCGCUGAUAACGUGUGGAACUGGCGAUGGCAAAGUCCGCGUCUACGAUGCUAAUGCACAGAGAAGGCCGCUGUUCGAGCUGCUCAUUGGCUACCUGGUUGGAUCAGGCACCGGUGGCUGGACGGGUGCUGUGGACGACACGAAGAGGCCGCAGAUUUGCAGCAAGAUAGCGCAGGUUCGUGGAGAUGACUGGGCUCUCUUGAUCGCUGACACCUUGGGUGUGAUCCGCGAGUACGACCUCCGGAAUUUGCCCAAGGCCCAAGCCGCGGCGGCGCCGCCCGGCAGGAAGGCGCACUGGAAGAUUGCCAACAAGGAGCUUCCCUUCCGGCGAGGCUUCAGGGGUACCAUGGGUGCUAUCCGAGACAUGGAUGUUCAUUGCAGCGGCGAUGCGAUGGUCGCAGUGGGUCUGGGGCGCUUCGCCUACGUCUUUCCCACAAAGGGUCGAAACAUGAUUUGCAAGGUUUACCUAAAGCAAAAGAUGAACUGCGUUCUGAUGUCCAGUGAAGCGAUGAAGAAGGAGGAGAAGGAUGGCAAGCAGGAGGAAGGAGAGGAAGAACCUCCUGAAGACGACAAGGAGGUGGACGAGCCAGGUGAUGAAGAACUCGAGGAAGACAAGGUAGAAGAAGGCUUCUCUGAUGAUGAGGCAGAGGAUGCUGCCGCACAAGGAGCAAAGCAAAAGAGAAGGAAAGCCUCCAAGGGGAAGACCAAGAAGCGGAAGGCGACCUAAAAUGUUCAUGUUUUUGC